UGCGUAGCUAGCUUUAAGCCUUCCUUUAUAACCAUUGGCGCCAAUUAAGAAGCUUCGUGCGGCGCCGCUCCCAUCUCUCCCGCUUUUAAACAACACACCCAAACCCCAAAGGUGUGGUAGCAAAAAAGAGUGGCCUUAAUUCGUUUCUCCUUCUUCCCCUUCACUUCAUGACAUCCAUCUGAUUGAUGGCAACCCUCACGUCGAGCGCCGCUACCUCGUCCCCGCGGCCGUCGUCCGCCCCCUUCUGCGGCGGCCGUUCCGGCUCCGGUUGGCCGCGCACGCAACGCCGCCCAUCCUCGUCAUCGUCGUCCGGCCAGGGCGGCGGCUGCGGGCGGCCGCUGGACCGCGUGGCCGGGUGGGUCGGCGGAGGCAUCGCGGCGGCGUUCUUCGCUUCCCUGGAGCGGUGCUCCUGCGUGAACGUCCGCACGGACGACGACCUCGACGACGAGCAGAGGGACUCCGUGGCGCCGCUGAUGUUGGAUGACGGCAACGGCGACCCUGUGGGUAGGAGGGGGAGGGGAGGGAGCAGGAGAGGCGACAAGGACAGGAGGAGUGGUGGUGCUGGUUGCUAUGGUGAUUUCAAUGUGUGAUCGAACGAUCGAUCGAUCGUAGUAAUAUUUUCUAGCUCAACCUUUGUUCAAGUCCUUGAUGUUACUUUCGAAAAAAAGUUCUUGAUGUUACUUCCAUCUAUAGUUUUGACCAUAUGAGCUCCUAUUAAGUUCAGUUAAUGGUGUACGAAUGUUUAAUUGCAUCAACAAUCUUACAAGUUUAGUGGCUGUGAAUUGAACUCCU